UGGAGGAUUUUGUGGUGGUGCUUUUUGACUCUCCGCCACGGUGUAGCGUUUUCGUUCAUUUUGGUGGUGGAAAGCUGCAGAGGCAGUGAAGGCCGGCGGGGGGCUGCUCUGCUCUGUUGUAAGGGAGUGAUUUGUGAAUAUUAUUAACUAACCUAGACAAGAAUCAAGAUGGCUACUACUCCUACAAGUGCCGCCGCCGCCGCGGCGCUCACCAGCACCACCUGCAAAACAUGGCGACCAAAGCCCUCCUCCUCCGAAUUUCAGUUUCGGAAUCCUACAACCAGACCCAGUCCUAUCAUUACUGUUUCCCGUGAUCGUUCCGCCCUGUCCUUUAUUACUAGGGCUGCUGUUCCUCCUCCUCCGGAUAAUCAGGAGCAGGAAGAGGAGGAGGAGCGUGACGACGACGACGAUGGCAUUGCCAAAGGAAAGCAGCCGUCAGUAUCUUCGUCGCCGAUGAUGACGAUUAGACUGGACGACGUGAACCCGGUGGGACUGGGGCGGCGCUCAAGGCAAAUAUUCGAUCAAGUGUGGCGUAAGUUCUCAGGAUUGGGACAGAUCUCGAGGACCACUCGCGCUGAUGACGAGAUGAGCCUUCUCAUGAACGAGAGCGGUCCCAUGUGUGAGUUCGCUAUUCCCGGGGCUCAGAACACCACUGUCCUCGUUGUAGGUGCUACCAGUCGUGUUGGUCGUAUCGUCGUCCGCAAGCUCAUGCUCAGGGGUUACAGCGUCAAGGCUUUAGUUCGGAGGGCUGAUCAACAAGUGGUAGACAUGCUUCCAACCUCUGUGGAGGUAGCGAUUGGUGAUGUUGGUGACUCAUCAAGUCUUAAGGCUGCUGUUGAAGGGUGCAAUAAAAUUAUCUAUUGUGCCACAGCCCGUUCCUCUAUCACUGGAGAUCUAAAUAGAGUUGAUCAUCAGGGGGUUUACAACCUUACCAAAGCAUUUCAGGACUACAAUAACAAACUGGCACAGCUAAGAGCAGGAAAAAGCAGCAAAAGCAAGCUUUUACUUGCGAAGUUUAGGUCUCAAGAUUCAUUGAAUGGGUGGCUGGUUCGUCAAGGAACAUACUUCCAGGAUGUGGUUGCUGCCAAGUAUGAUGGAGGAAUGAAUGCUACUUUUGAAUUCACUGAGGAUGGACAUGCAGUUUUCUCAGGAUAUGUUUUCACUAGAGGGGGGUUUGUGGAGCUAUCAAAAAAGCUUUCACUUCCUUUGGGUUCCACGCUUGACAGAUAUGAAGGUAUAAUACUCUCUGUUGGUGGGAAUGGGAGAUCUUAUGUCUUAAUUCUUGAAGCUGGUCCUUCAGCUGAUACAACUCAAAGCAAAAUGUAUUUUGCUCGGUUCAGCACAAAAGUUGGAUUUUGCAGGGUGAGAAUACCUUUUUCAUCCUUUCGACCAGUCAAACCAGAUGAUCCUCCAUUGGAUCCAUUUCUUGUGCACACUUUGACCAUACGAUUUGAGCCAAGAAGACAGAGGCCUAUCGAAGGACCUUCUGGAUCAAAACAGGACUUGAGAAGCUUUAAAUUCGUAGUCGAAUAUAUAAAGGCACUUCCUGCUGGGCAAGAGACAGACUUCAUUCUGGUUUCAUGUACAGGACUAGGGAUAGAACCUACUCGGAGGGAGCAGGUUUUGAGAGCCAAAAAGGCUGGGGAAGAUUCUUUAAGAAGAUCAGGCCUUGGUUACACAAUCAUUCGCCCAGGUCCCCUAAAGGAAGAACCUGGUGGCCAACGUGCUCUGAUCUUUGAUCAAGGAAACAGGAUUUCUCAGGGCAUCAGCUGUGCCGAUGUGGCUGAUAUAUGCGUGAAGGCUUUACAUGAUUCAACUGCAAGGAACAAGAGUUUCGAUGUAUGUUAUGAAUAUGUGGCUGAGCCAGGGAAGGAGCUGUAUGAACUGGUAGCACAUUUGCCUGACAAAGCAAAUAACUAUCUGACACCGGCACUCUCCGUUUUAGAGAAGAACACUUGAGAGAGAGAGAGAGAGAGAGAGAGCACUUUCUUCUUCAGGAAUAUGUAUGUAUAUGUUAUGCAGUAGCUAGGUUAGCUUAGGCAGGGUCUCCCCCAAAGAAGUGUAUAAUUAUUACCCUUGCCCUUCUUGGCGAAUCAUUCUUCACUCCUUGUAGUAAGAAUCAUCAUCAACACUAUGACAUCCUUAAAUCCACUUUCAUUGUAUAAUAAUCUUCCUUUUUAUUAAA